GGUAUCAUGUGUUCAAUAACCUUGACAAUCAUGAUAAACAGGUCAAAGAACUAUUUGUGAAGCUAGACAAAAUGCUGACUCUGAACGAAAUGGGAACUGGCAAACAAAACACUGCUUUACAAGUAUCAUGCCAACAAGAAUUAAAUCAAGAAAACCAAGCAGAAGGUGACAAAAUAUUGAACAAAAGGUUAUCAGAACAAGAAUUUCCAGUGACAACUCAGCCUUCUACAAUUCAGAUAGUACUUAUUGGACGUGCAGGCACUGGAAAGAGUACCUCAGGAAAUGUAAUCAUGGGAAGAGAAGUAUUUUUGUCUGAAGUCAAUCCGUGUUGGGUAACGCAAGAUGUACAACAAGUUGAGGGGAAUGUGUCAGGAAGACAUAUUAUUGUGGUGGAUACUCCAGAUUUAUUACAUUUAGAGAGGUCUUUCACCAAAAUCCAACAAAAGUGCACUGCACUUUCAGCUCUGGGAUCUCGUGCUUACCUUCUAGUCAUUCAGUUGGAUUGCUUUACACAGGAGGAGAUGAAAGCUGCUGAGAAAAUACAGGAGAUAUUUGGAGCUGCUGCUUUGGAUAAUACUAUUGUUCUAUUCACCUUUGGAGACAGGCCGAAUGACAAGACAAUUGAAGAGUUUAUAAAAACCAACAAGGGGCUCCAGCAGCUUGUUGAAAAGUGUGGCAACAGGUACCAUGUCUUUAACAAUCUCAAUAUGCAUGAUCACACUCAAGUCGAACAUCUAAUGUCAAAGAUUGAAAAAUGUCUAUCUGUGAAAGCAGAUAUGUGCACAAAAGAUCCAAAGCCUGCAGCUGUACCCAUACUUAGUCAAAAAACAGAAUUAUGUGAAAAACAAAAAGAGCAAGUUGAAGAAGGAGGUGAAACUAAAAUAACUGCAGACGAUUCAGUGACAAGCGUUACACAUUUUCUUCAAGAACCCGCAAUAAGGAUAGUCCUGAUUGGGAAUACUGGAACUGGAAAGAGUGCAUCAGGGAACACAAUUUUGGGAAAGAAGGAGUUUUUAUCUGAAGUCAGUCCACGCCCAGUAACACAGGUAUGUCAAAGUGCAGUAGGUAAUGUGGCUGGGAAGCAUGUUGUUGUGGUCGACACUCCUGAUUUACUGGACACUGAUCUCUCCGUGAAUGAGGUUAAAAAGAGGUGUGGUGAACUUUUUUCUUGUGAAGUUCAUGUUUACCUUCUAGUUAUUCAGCUAGGGCGCUUUACGGAGGAGGAGAGGAAUGCUAUUGAGAGAAUACAAGAUAUCUUUGGAGUUCAAGCCUUAAAGAAAAUUUUGGUUCUCUUCAGUUUUGGGGAAAGGCUGAAGGACAAGAAAGUGGAGGAGUUUCUACAGACAAAUAAGGACCUUCAACGGCUCAUAAAGCAAUGUGGGGAAAGGUAUCAUGUGUUCAAUAACCUUGACAAUCAUGAUAAACAGGUCAAAGAACUAUUUGUGAAGCUAGACAAAAUGCUGACUCCGAAUGAAAUGGGAACUGGCAAACAAAACACUGCUUUACAAGUAUCAUGCCAACAAGAAUUAAAUCAAGAAAACCAAGCAGAAGGUGACAAAAUAUUGAACAAAAGGUUAUCAGAACAAGCAUUUCCAGUGACAACUCAGCCUUCUACAAUUCAGAUAGUACUUAUUGGACAUGCAGGCACUGGAAAGAGUACCUCAGGAAAUGUAAUCAUGGGAAGAGAAGUAUUUUUGUCUGAAGUCAAUCCAUGUUGGGUAACACAAGAUGUACAACAAGUUGAGGGGAAUGUGUCAGGAAGACAUAUUAUUGUGGUGGAUACUCCAGAUUUAUUACAUUUAGAGAGGUCUUUCACCAAAAUCCAACAAAAGUGCAAUGCACUUUCAGCUCUGGGAUCUCGUGCUUACCUUCUAGUCAUUCAGUUGGAUUGCUUUACACAGGAGGAGAUGAAAGCUGCUGAGAAAAUACAGGAGAUAUUUGGAGCUGAGUCUUUGGAUAAUACUAUUGUUCUAUUCACCUUUGGAGACAGGCUGAAUGACAAGACAAUUGAAGAGUUUAUAAAAACCAACAAGGGGCUCCAGCAGCUUGUUGAAAAGUGUGGCAACAGGUACCAUGUCUUUAACAAUCUCAAUAUACAUGAUCACACUCAAGUCGAACAUCUAAUGUCAAAGAUUGAAAAAUGUCUAUCUGUGAAAGCAGAUAUGUGCACAAAAGAUCCAAAGCCUGCAGCUGUACCCAUACUUAGUCAAAAACCAGAAUUAUGUGAAAAACAAAAAGAGCAAGUUGAAGAAGGAGGUGAAACUAAAAUAAUUGCAGACGAUUCAGUGACAAGCGUUACACAUUUUCAUCAAGAACCCGCAAUAAGGAUAGUCCUGAUUGGGAAUACUGGAACUGGAAAGAGUGCAUCAGGGAACACAAUUUUGGGAAAGAAGGAGUUUUUAUCUGAAGUCAGCCCACGCCCAGUAACACAGGUAUGUCAAAGUGCAGUAGGUAAUGUGGCUGGGAAGCAUGUUGUUGUGGUCGACACUCCUGAUUUACUGGACACUGAUCUCUCCGUGAAUGAGGUUAAAAAGAGGUGUGGUGAACUUUUUUCUUGUGAAGUUCAUGUUUACCUUCUAGUUAUUCAGCUAGGGCGCUUUACGGAGGAGGAGAGGAAUGCUAUUGAGAGAAUACAAGAUAUCUUUGGAGUUCAAGCCUUAAAGAAAAUUUUGGUUCUCUUCAGUUUUGGGGAAAGGCUGAAGGACAAGAAAGUGGAGGAGUUUCUACAGACAAAUAAGGACCUUCAACGGCUCAUAAAGCAAUGUGGGGAAAGGUAUCAUGUGUUCAAUAACCUUGACAAUCAUGAUAAACAGGUCAAAGAACUAUUUGUGAAGCUAGACAAAAUGCUGACUCCGAAUGAAAUGGGAACUGGCAAACAAAACACUGCUUUACAAGUAUCAUGCCAACAAGAAUUAAAUCAAGAAAACCAAGCAGAAGGUGACAAAAUGUUGAACAAAAGGUUAUCAGAACAAGCAUUUCCAGUGACAACUCAGCCUUCUACAAUUCAGAUAGUACUUAUUGGACAUGCAGGCACUGGAAAGAGUACCUCAGGAAAUGUAAUCAUGGGAAGAGAAGUAUUUUUGUCUGAAGUCAAUCCAUGUUGGGUAACGCAAGAUGUACAACAAGUUGAGGGGAAUGUGUCAGGAAGACAUAUUAUUGUGGUGGAUACUCCAGAUUUAUUACAUUUAGAGAGGUCUUUCACCAAAAUCCAACAAAAGUGCAAUGCACUUUCAGCUCUGGGAUCUCGUGCUUACCUUCUAGUCAUUCAGUUGGAUUGCUUUACACAGGAGGAGAUGAAAGCUGCUGAGAAAAUACAGGAGAUAUUUGGAGCUGAUGCUUUGGAUAAUACUAUUGUUCUAUUCACCUUUGGAGACAGGCUGAAAGACAAGACAAUUGAAGAGUUUAUAAAAACCAACAAGGGGCUCCAGCAGCUUGUUGAAAAGUGUGGCAACAGGUACCAUGUCUUUAACAAUCUCAAUAUGCAUGAUCACACUCAAGUCGAACAUCUAAUGUCAAAGAUUGAAAAAUGUCUAUCUGUGAAAGCAGAUAUGUGCACAAAAGAUCCAAAGCCUGCAGCUGUACCCAUACUUAGUCAAAAACCAGAAUUAUGUGAAAAACAAAAAGAGCAAGUUGAAGAAGGAGGUGAAACUAAAAUAACUGCAGACGAUUCAGUGACAAGCGUUACACAUUUUCUUCAAGAACCCGCAAUAAGGAUAGUACUGAUUGGGAAUACUGGAACUGGAAAGAGUGCAUCAGGGAACACAAUUUUGGGAAGGAACGAAUUUUUAUCUGAAGUCAGCCCACGCCCAGUAACACAGGUAUGUCAAAGUGCAGUAGGUAAUGUGGCUGGGAAGCAUGUUGCUGUGGUCGACACUCCUGAUUUACUGGACACUGAUCUCUCCGUGAAUGAGGUUAAAAAGAGAUACGGUGAACUUUUUUCUUGUGAAGUUCAUGUUUACCUUCUAGUUAUUCAGCUAGGGCGCUUUACGGAGGAGGAGAGGAACGCUAUUGAAAGAAUACAAGAUAUCUUUGGAGUUCAAGCCUUAAAGAAAAUUUUGGUUCUCUUCAGUUUUGGGGAAAGGCUGAAGGACAAGAAAGUGGAGGAGUUUCUACAGACAAAUAAGGACCUUCAACGGCUCAUAAAGCAAUGUGGGGAAAGGUAUCAUGUGUUUAAAAACCUCCAGAAUCAUGAUGACAAGCAGGUUAAAGAACUUUUCAUGAAGAUAGAUAAAACAUUGACUAUGAAUAAACAGGUAGCUGGUAAACAAAAGACUGAUUUGCAGAUAUCUCAAUUAGGAUUAAAUGAACAAUAUCAAGCAGUAGAAAGGGAAAUUUCAAUUCAAAGACUACCAAUUAAAACUUUUCUAGUGUCUCCAUCACAACCUUCCACAAUCCAUAUAGUAUUGAUCGGAAGCACAAGGAAUGGAAAGAGUGCCUCAGGAAACACAAUCAUGGGAAGGAAAGUGUUCUUAUCAGCACAUGAAAUCAGCACAUGUCCAGUGACACAAAAGUUUCAAAAGGCUGAGGGUAAUGUGGCAGGAAGACAUACCAUUGUGGUUGAUACCCCAGAUUUAUUAGAUUCAGAGGGCCCUUUAACUGAAAGCUUUGGAUUUUUGGCUCCUGAACCUUGUGUAUACCUUCUUGUCAUGAAGUUAGGUCGCUUUACACAGAAUGACAUUAAAGCUGCAGAAAAAGUACAAGAUAUAUUUGGAGCUGAUUCUCUGAAGAAUACUAUUGUCCUUUUCACCUUUGGAGACAGGCUGAAAGGCAGGAGAGUUGAAGAUGUUCUGGGAAGUAACAAGAACCUCAGAUUGUUUGUGGAAAAGUGUGGAAACAGGUACCAUGUCUUCAACAAUCUCAUUUUUCAUGAUAACACACAAGUCAAACAACUUCUGCAGAAAAUUGAGUAUAUUCUUGUAGUGCAAAAUGGAGAACAUAAAUCAGACUUAAUUAUUUCACCAGGUCAAGAAGCACAUGAAAUCUCAAAAAAUGUGGAGAAAAAACAAGGAAGUAAAGAUAUGACCAACAGAAAAGAGCAACCUGUUCUUGUUGAGGGAAGAUAUACAUUUUCCUCUAAGGAUCCUACAAUACAGAUUGUUUUGAUUGGGAAUAUUGGUAAUGGCAAGAGUGCUUCGGGAAAUACAAUCCUUGGAAAAGAUGUGUUCUUAUCUGAGGUCAGCUCAAGCUCAGUAACACAGAAAUGUCAAAGCAAAGCAGGAAAUGUAGCUGGAAGACAUGUUAUUGUGAUCGAUACUCCAGCUUUAUUAGAUUCAAAAUAUUCUUUCACUGAAGUGAAACGCAUGUGUGAGGAGCUCCCCUAUCCUUCCAUUAAUGUGUACCUUCUAGUUAUUCAGCUGGGUCACAUUACAGAAGCUGAGAAGAGAGCACCUUUAACAAUACAAAAAAUAUUUGGAGGUCAAGCUCUGAAGACAACUAUGGUUCUCUUUACUUUUGGAGAGAAACUGAAGGGUAAAACAAUUGAAAAUUUCUUACAAGAAAACAAAGAUGUCCACAAGAUUGUAAAGGACUGUGGAGGAAGUUAUCACGUCUUUGAUAAUCUCAAUCAAUUUCAUCAGACGCAAGUUCCAGAAUUACUGAAAAAAAUACAAAAAAUGGAAGCAUCUGUUCAUCAAACCCCCAUACCAAGUGACAUUGUGACAGUCAGACCAAGAGCAAAUAAUAUGUUUCAGCUUUUGUGGGAAAGUGUUUGGCACUGAAAUGCUUAAAUAUUAAAAAAUAGCCUUUUAUUAUUUACAGUACUUUAUUCUACUCACUUGUUCUUAUUAAAAUUUGUAUUUGCGGUUAUUUUAAUAAUGAUAUGUCUAUUUUAAGAAUACUUCAUAAAACAAUUAAGUAGAAUCAACACAUUUUUAUAGACAUCAUUUAUAUUGUGCCUUUCCUGAAGUCAACACAACUUGUACCUUUGUGUGGUGUUUGGGUCUGUGAGACCAUUUUCAUUGUCUAUUAAAAAAAAAAAAGAAAGAUGCGACAAAUUCUGUUUUCCAUGUGAGCUCUUAUGUUUGUAUCUUAUUUUCUUUGAAAAACAUGUUAAGGGAACAAAUUUUAUUAAUAAAUACUGUGAGAUUCCACCC